AUGACCCAGCCGGCAGGGGAAGGCCUGGCAUUCGUACUGACCGCCGAUCCGAACCUGCCGGCGAACAGCACGGCGCAGAUUGUGGCGGUGGAGUUUGACACCAGGAAGAGUUACCCUGAAGAUUUGGAUGAUAAUCAUGCUGGCCUGAAUCUGCAGAGUGUUUACUCUGUUGAGCAGGUAUCCCUGUCAGGAAUCGGGGUCAAUCUGUCUUCAGAAACUGAUGUGACUGUACGGAUUGAGUACGAUGGCACCAAUUUAACGGUGUUCUUGGGAACGAUUCGGAUCAUCUCGCGGUCGAUCGAUCUUUCUGUUUAUCUCCCCGAGAAAGUUCAUGUGGGAUUUUCAGGCUCCACUAGUCAGCUCACGCAGUUAAACUGCAUCAGGUCGUGGGAAUUCAUCAGUUCUAAAAUUGGGGAUGGCGAUUCUAACAUGCUCUGGGUUUGGAUUGUUUCCCCGAUUCUCGCUCUGGUUUUGACUCUCUGCUCCACUGCUGGGUUUCUUCUAUGGAGAAGGAGGCGGAUGCAGCUGUUGGACGACCCUAACCCAACAAUCGAAGAGGCAAUUCAGGGCUCCUCCACAGCUCCAAGGAAGUUCAAGCUGAAGGAACUGAAAAUUGCGACAGGGAAUUUCAAUCCCAGAAACAAGCUCGGAAAAGGCGGAUUCGGUACUGUGUAUAAAGGAAUCCUGGAGGGAAAAGAAGUCGCAGUGAAGAAAGUCUCCAAGAAAUCCACCCAAGGGAAACAAGAGUUCAUUUCCGAGGUCACCACAAUUGGGAAUCUCCGCCAUAGGAAUUUGGUGAAGCUGAUUGGAUGGGCCUACGAGAGGCGAGAGUACCUUUUGGUCUAUGAGUACAUGCCCAAUGGAAGUCUCGACAGGUGGGUUAGCUCGAACGGACCGUCCUCGGGUCUAACCUGGGCGACUCGAAUAGGUAUAAUCGUGGGAUCCGCCCAUGCAUUGGAUUAUCUUCACAAUGGAUGUGAAAAAAGGAUUCUGCAUCGCGACAUUAAGGCUAGCAACAUAAUGUUGAAUUUGGAUUACGAUGCGAAAUUGGGUGAUUUCGGUCUUGCUCGAACCAUCCGCCAGUCCGACCAGACCCACCACUCCACUAAAGAAGUGGCAGGCACGCCUGGUUACAUGGCUCCGGAGAUUUUCCUGACCGGACGUGCGACCGUUGAGACGGAUGUUUAUGGGUUUGGUGUCCUAAUGCUAGAAGUCGCUUGUGGUAGGAGACCUGGAGGAGGUGUGAUGUGUCCAGAUGAUGACGACUACAGUAGCAACAUUGUGAAGAAGGUUUGGGAGCUUUAUCGGAUGGGUGAUUUGUUGAAUGCAGCGGAUUCCGGGAUGAAUGGGGACUUCCAUGAGGAGGAAAUGGCGAGAGUGCUGAUCUUGGGAUUGACCUGUUGCCAUCCAAAUCCAAACAAGAGGCCUUCCAUGAAACUUGUUCUUAAGGUUCUUACAGGGGAAAGUGAAGCUCCUGAGCUACCCCUAGAAAGGCCUGCUUUUGUGUGGCCUCCCCUACCUCCGUCAUUCAAGGAUAAAGAUUACUCCCUCGUCGGAAGCCAACUUACGGCGUUUACUGAGCUCUCUGGUAGAUAA